UCCCUUGAAAGCCACAAACAUGAGUUCAUCGGCGCGACCAGUGUUACAAGUGCUCCGGCAACUGGUCGCCAAUCGUGUGGCCGCCACGGGGUUCGAGUCUGUAUUGAAACAGAUUAGUGUGGUGGACGGAGAGGAGGGGCGGUGUGUCUGUGAACUGGUCGUGUCUCCUGAGUUAUCCAAUCCCCGGGGUUCACUGCACGGGGGCGUGGCAGCCACGCUGGUGGACGCUGUAUCCACGUGGGCGGUCAUGACUACCGGUGAGAAGAAACCCGGUGUCACUGUCGACCUGAACGUUUCAUUUCUGAAAGCGGCACCCACAGGCGAGCCUAUACUGAUCGACGCACGUACUCUGAGGGUGGGCAAGACGCUGGCAUUUUUGACGGUGGACAUCUUGAAGAAAGACUGUGGGACCUUGUUGGCCCAGGGAAAACACACGAAGUUCAUGGGAGUGUGACCAGUAUGCCAUGGUGUGGUCCUGGAUUAAAUGGGGGAAAACCGCUUACACCAAUAUCUGAAUCAGUUGAGGGAUGCGUACGCGUGUAUUUGAAGUAUGACAGACAAGGUGUGAAGCAUCAUAACAUAAUUAUACACCCAGAACAGAUGGUGCUUGUUUGUUUGCUAUUUAAUGUCCUUCUCAGCAAUAUUCCAGAUGUAUUUGCAAACAGACCCCACGAUCAAGUGAUUAACGUCAUGGAUCCAGGCAGCUGGGUUACCGUGAUAUGCAAUCAACAAAAUAUUUCAGCCUGGCCACCCGAUCUCCUCCUACAAGCAUAUAUCGCAAUGGAUGUAUGGUCUUAUACACGGGAUCCUCAAUGGUCAAAGUUGAUGAAGGACGUGAUCUACAUUGGACACGUCAUCUGUUUCUGAUGUAGUGAGUCAGCAUGUAAGCAGUAUCGAGAAGUAAAUAAAUCUUGUUUUC